UGAGAUGAGGUAGUUGUGGAUGAAGAAAUGGAGGAAGCAAAGGGAUUAGUGAAACAUAUAGUCCUCGCAAAGUUUAAGGACGACGUGGCUCCGGAGCGGAUUGAAGACCUCAUCAAGGCCUAUGCUAAACUAGUCCAUCUCAUCCCACCCAUGAAGUCAUUGCACUGGGGCAAGGAUGUAAGUGACACAAAUCUGCAUCAAGGCUUCACUCAUGUCUUUGAAUCAACCUUUGAGAGUAUAGAAGGUGUUGCAGAGUAUGAAGCUCAUCCUGCCCAUGUUGAAUAUGCAAAUUUAUUUCUUUCCUUUGCGGAGAAAAUUGUUGUGGUUAACUACAAGCCUACUACUGUAAACCUUUGAUGGGAGAAGUAAUGCCUCAUUCUCUGCUAGUGUUAUCCUAAAAAUAAAUUUCGUUUCCUCUUCAAACAAUUUCUGUAUACACUAUAAUGCUCCCUCUUGUCAUGAAUUCAGUGCCAUUCUUUGGAAGUAUUUCUUCAUGCA